AUGGCGGGGGGCCGCAGAGGACUUGUGGCCCCUCAGAAUACUUUUUUGGAAAACAUCGUGAGACGGUCGAACGAUACCAACUUUGUGCUGGGAAACGCUCAGAUCGUGGACUGGCCCAUCGUCUACAGCAAUGAUGGUUUCUGCAAGCUGUCUGGGUACCACAGGGCAGAGGUGAUGCAGAAAAGCAGCACCUGCAGCUUCAUGUUCGGAGAGCUCACAGACAAGGACACGACGGAGAAAGUGCGACUGACGUUCGAGAAUUAUGAGAUGAACUCGUUUGAAAUACUGAUGUACAAGAAGAACAGGACGCCGGUGUGGUUCUUUGUGAAGAUCGCGCCCAUUCGAAACGAGCAGGAGAAGGUGGUCCUGUUCCUGUGCACGUUCAGCGAUAUAACGGCCUUCAAGCAGCCCAUCGACGACGACUCCUCCAAAGCUGGCUGGGGGAAGUUCGCCCGACUGACUCGAGCUCUAACGAGCAGCAGAGGAGUCUUACAGCAGCUGCAGCCCACGGUCCACCAGGGAGAGAACGUCCACAAGCACUCACGCUUAGCUGAGGUUCUGCAGCUCGGCUCAGAUCUCCUCCCUCAGUACAAGCAGGAGACGCCCAAAACCCCCCCUCACAUCAUCCUGCACUACUGCCUCUUCAAGACCACGUGGGACUGGGUCAUCCUCAUCCUCACCUUCUACACGGCCAUCAUGGUGCCCUACAACGUCUCCUUCAAGACCAAGCAGAACAACGUGACGUGGCUGGUGGUGGACAGCAUCGUGGACGUCAUCUUCCUGGUGGACAUCGUUCUGAACUUCCACACCACGUUCGUGGGGCCCGCCGGCGAGGUCAUCUCCGACCCCAAGCUGAUUCGGAUGAACUACCUGAAGACGUGGUUCGUCAUCGACCUGCUGUCCUGUCUGCCCUACGACGUCAUCAACGCCUUCGAGAACGUGGACGAGGUGAGUGACCCUGGCGUCACAGGAACCAUUCAAUCAAACCAUCACUUCCAUGUCAGAUCUUCACGCCGAUCAUCUGCAUGUUCCACCGGCAUCAGCAGUUUGUUCAGCUCGCUGAAGGUGGUCCGGCUCCUCCGUCUGGGUCGGGUCGCCCGCAAACUGGAUCACUACAUCGAGUACGGGGCGGCCGUGCUGGUCCUGCUGGUGUGUGUCUUCGGACUGGCUGCCCAUUGGCUCGCCUGCAUCUGGUACAGCAUCGGCGACUACGAGAUCAUCGAUGAGGAGACCAACAUCGUGCGGGAGGACAGCUGGCUCUACAUCCUGGCCGAGUCGGCGGGCUCGCCGUACCGCUACAACGCCAGCGGCUCGGGGAAGUGGGAGGGCGGGCCCAACAAGGACUCGGUCUACAUCACCUCCCUGUACUUCACCAUGACCAGUCUGACCAGCAUCGGCUUCGGGAACAUCGCCCCCACGACGGACGGGGAGAAGAUCUUCGCCGUGGCCAUGAUGAUGAUCGGAUCCCUGCUUUACGCCACCAUCUUUGGUAACGUGACCACGAUCUUCCAGCAGAUGUACGCCAACACGAACCGAUACCACGAGAUGAUCAACAGCGUCCGGGACUUCCUGAAGCUCUACCAGGUUCCCAAAGGCCUGAGCGAGAGGGUCAUGGACUACAUCGCCUCCACCUGGUCCAUGUCCCGGGGCAUCGACACCGAAAAGGUGUUGCAGAUUUGCCCGAAGGACAUGAGAGCCGAUAUUUGUGUUCAUCUCAACCGGAAGGUUUUCAAAGAGCACCCGGCGUUCCGGCUGGCCAGUGACGGCUGCCUCAGAGCUCUGGCCAUGGAGUUUCAAACCAUCCACUGCGCUCCCGGCGACCUCAUCUACCACGGUGGAGAGAGCGUGGACAGCCUCUGCUUCGUGGUGUCCGGGUCUCUGGAGGUCAUCCAGGAUGAUGAGGUGGUGGCCAUCUUAGGUAAAGGUGACGUCUUCGGGGACGUGUUCUGGAAGGAGGUGACCCUGGCCCAGGCCUGCGCCAACGUGCGAGCGCUGACCUACUGCGACCUCCACGUCAUCAAGCGCGACGCCCUGCAGAAGGUGCUGGAGUUCUACACGGCCUUCUCCAACCACUUCUCCAGAAAUCUGCUGCUCACUUAUAACCUGCGAAAAAGGAUCGUCUUCCGAAAGAUCAGUGAUGUGAAGCGUGAGGAGGAGGAGCGGCAGAGGCGUAAAAAUGAAGCCCCUCUGAACCUGCCGCCCGACCACCCGGUACGAAAACUCUUCCAGCGCUUCCGGCAACAGAAGGAGGCUCGUUCCACGCCGGACAAACCGCAGCCGGAGGAUCACGACAUCGAGAAGGGCCCCUUGUACGUGGACGUCCCGCUGGCAAAGACAGCCCUUCCCACCAGCAGCAUCGUCACUGUAACAGAGAGCCCGGCAACGCCCUCAUCUUCAUCGCCUUCAUCUUCAACACCCUCCAAAUGUCCUCUGUCGGACAAGGUGAAGCUACAGGUUCCGCCUCCCGUCUCUCUGAUCGGAGGCCGGCUUGCCGAACCAGUUAAAGCCAAAGGGUGGGGUCGUUUCAAAGAGUCCAUGGCCAAACCCGACAACUGGAGCAAAGUGUCUAAAGCCGAAUCCAUGGAGGUUCUGCCCGAACGGACAAAAGUGCACGAAUCACAGACGUCUCUGAAGAAGACGGACUCCUGUGACAGCGGUAUCACCAAAAGUGAUCUGCGGCUGGACAAUGUGGGCGAGUUCCGCCUGACGCCGCAGGACCGCAGCCCCGUCCAGCCUCCGGAGACCCGGCACGCCUUCUAUCCCAUCCAGGAGCAAACGCUCCAGGCCUCGCUCCAGGAGCUCAAGCUGGAGCUGAAGGAGGACCUCUCGAGCCUGAACGUUCGAAUGUCCGGCCUGGAGCUGCAGCUGUCAGAAGCACUUCAGCUGCUCAAAGCCAGGCCAUCGAGUGUCGGCUCCCCGCAACAUCUCUUUGACAUCUCCAGACCUGGUUCACCGGAACUGGGCAAAGAGGAUAUCUUCUCCUGAAAGGACGUGCUGAGUCAUCCGGCAUCAGUUUCCUGUAAACUCAGCUAGAAUCCAGUGACUUGGAUUGCUGAGGCUGCACUGGGUGCACCCGUUUAGAUUAGGCCUGAGCGUGGUCUCUGAGAUCCACCGGCCUGUGUUGUAGGGGUCAUGCCUGUUGGCUACUGAGGACCAUCCCGUUGAGGUCAAGGCCCAGAUUUGGGCGUGGUCACACUAAGCACUGGGGGGUUCAAAACUGAAAAUGCUUGUAUAUAAGUUUGAUUUAUUUUCCAUUGCACUCUAAUGGUCAAAUAGCUUGAAUGGUAUGAAUUUAGCUUGAGUCCAAAAACCUGGUUGAGGUUUUGAGUCUCUACAGAAGUCAUGUCCCUGUCGGAAGGCUCUAGUGGAAACAGCAUGACCCACUGGUUUAUUAUGGUACGAGAUUCCUUGCAUGUCACAUAAAGUCGACGCGUGCCUCCAAAUGCAGACGGAGCGUAUUUUAUUAAUCGAGGCCGAGCGUCAGGUCAUUUGCAUCAUUUCACAGCGACAGGGGAGAGGGGACGCUUUCUUCUGCAGAUGUCGAAACAGUCUCCGAGUCAUUUCCUCCAGCCAUUGACGAAUUAUCUUAUUAUAUCAUCUGCCAGGAUCAUAAUGAAUUAUACAACAGAUAACUCCGGCCAGGCAAUCAGAUUUUUCAAAGACGUCUCUCAGCAGAACUUAUCAUUUCCAUAAACCAGCGGAUAAAACUGCUCCUUGAGAAAAGGGAAUGCAAUUUGAGCUUGUGUGGCAGCCGUCAGUUAUCUCCUCUGCAAUCUUGUCAUUCUCUUAUAUAAACACUACAGCGGGUGAUAUAUAUCUUUCUCUAUAUAUAUGAAUAUAUGUAUUGUAUGGCAGCCAUGCAUUUUAGCUUUGGUGAUGCACAGUUAGGUGAUGCAGCUGCUGCUGCUGCUGCUGCUGCUGCCCCGUAUUUAACAAACUGACAUGAACUUAGUAAGGAAUGCAUUUUCUGCAUCAUGUUUCUGAAAAAUAAUUUAUUUAUGUAUACAAAAUAAAACGAGCUGUCAACGAGUCAUCAGAGGUUUGGUCUUGGAAGCAAACCGGGAUAUGUGGACUGGUGAGUUUUGCCUUCCGAUGGCCACUGAGGUUCAUGUUUACACCCGUUAGCAUGCACAAGUUAAUAUGUUAGAAAAUCAUCCCGUCACAAUAUGAGAGUCAAACUGAGAGUCAACGAUCAAAAGUGUGAAAGUGUUUUGGAAGCAGUCACUGAUUUCUUUGUUGUUUAUUUUGAGGAACCUCCCUCUGAUCCACUGGUCUCUCACAUGCUCCCUCAAUGUGUCUUCAAACUGGGGGAAAACCACAUGAUCACAACUUCUAACACAGUGUAUGACUUUAAAAGAAUAUGACUGCAGAAAUUUUUGUAGUUAUUAUCUUUUCAUUUACUGAUUAUUUCUCGAUUUAUCAAUCACAAUCACUUGACUGAGCCUCAGGGAACGUCCUCAAAUUGCUUUACUUGUCUGAUCAUCAGUUGAAAGUUAUUUAAUUUUCUUUACAUAUGGGCAACUACCCAGAAGUUUGGUGAAGAAUUAUUGAAUUAAAAUGUAGUUGUUGGUUAAUUUUGUUUUUAUUGAUCCUGAUAAAUACAUUUAUAGAAAGAAAUGCAAACUAACAUGUAACUGAGGUCAAUUAAUUACUGAAGUUAAUGUUUAGGAACCACCAAAGUUAUUAUUUUACAAAUUUCACCACUUUCUAUUUAAUUUAACAUUAUUUUACUAAUUUAAUUUGUCUUACCACAAUUUUCAAAAACUCUCAAAUCUCCGAUGACAUGAUUCACCUCAUAAAUAUACAAUUAUAUCUGU